AUGUUUUAUCUUUUAUAUAUUUUCCUUGCAGCUUUUUUUCUUCUCACCUUCAAUUCUGGGGCUUUUUUUGUUUUUCAUCUUCCUUCAAUUGUCAGGGGAUUUCUUAGCCUUUUGUCGAUCGGAUCGACCGGAACGACGGCUUCCUCCUCCUCUACCAGAGGGAGACAACGAAGACCAGAGGGAUUGGAGAGAGGUUCUUGGAGGCAAGGGUGGGGAUGAGGGGUGUUUGGGGGGGGAAGGAAAGAGAAGGAGCAAGAGAGGGAUACUUGGGGAGGGCAAGCGCAAGGCGGACAUCAAAGGGUCAUAUCCGGAGGAACAAAAAAAAAAAAAAAAGAGAUGGAAAUCAUACAAAAUCAGAAAAAAGGAAAAAAACAGACCUAAAAAAAAACCUCAACGAAAAGUCUGAAAAAAAAGACGGAAAAACAAUUAUAAAAAAACCUUUGUUAACGACCUGUUUAUGCGGGAAGACCCUUUGUUUUUUCAUUUCAUCGUUGUUCUUGCCCUAUCGCCUUUCCCCCUUGCAUCUCCCUCCCUGUUCUUGGCUUUUCGCCUUCCUUCCGUCCUGUACUCCUUUCCUUCCCCCUCUUGCCCUUCCCCACGCAUAACCUUCCACCCUUUCCCCUCCUACCCGCCCACUUACGCACCCUCUACCCUCUACCCCUUACCUUUCCCAUUCCCUGAUGCUAUACCAUACCAUAUACUAUACAAUCACACUCGAUAUUCCGUUCUGUUCUAUUAUACAUAUGCCCGGAGACGGAGACGGAGAGGGAGAGAGAGAAUGUAUGUAUGUAUCGAUGGUGUGAUGGGAGGAAAAAAAAUAUGGGGGUAUUUUUUUCUUUCAAUAUUUGAUUUUUAUAUUUUAUAUUCGGUUUUUUAGGAAUGGCAAAUGGAGUUUUAGGGGUUUUUGUUUUGUACUGUUUGCUUUCGGAAGAUGAGAUGAGAUGAAACGAUAUCCGACUGAAUUUAUGAUUUUGGUGAAUUAAA